AUGUUUGCGACACGGCGUCUCACAGCCACCGCGAGGCUGCAUCAUGUGCCUAGAGCUUCCAUAUCGCGACACUUCCACAGCUCUCCACGCCCAUUCGUGCAAGUCGGUGAUGCCAUCCCUGACAUCGAGCUGAGGGAAGGCUCACCAGGCAACAAAGUCUCCCUCGCGAAAGAACUCAAAGCGAAGGGCAUUAUAAUCGGUGUUCCAGGUGCCUUCUCGCCAGCGUGCUCCGCUUCGCAUCUACCCGGCUACGUCAACUUUCCCGGUCUCAAGGAUGCAGGACAGGUCUUCGUCGUCAGCGUCAACGAUCCAUUCGUGAUGAAAGCGUGGGCCGCGACACUCGACGAGGGUUCGAAAAGCGGCAUCCGCUUUCUGGCAGAUCCGCAUGCCGAAUUCACCACGGCGCUCGACUUACAGUUCGAUGCAUCGUCCAUCUUUGGUCAGCCACGGUCGAAGAGGUACGCCCUUGUCAUCGAGGACGGCAAGGUGAAGGAGGCGCACAUUGAGCCCGACAACACGGGCGUCAGUGUGUCCACUGCAGAGAGUGUGCUAGGUGGUGCGCACCUGCAAUAA